AUGAGAAGCAGUGACAGCGACUCCAAGUCCUCCGGCCCGACGGGGACUCCGGGCGAGGCGGCGCACCCGCUGAGUCCCGGCACCCUGGUGAGCUCGUGCAGCUCGGACGGCGUGCCGAGUAUGCCGAUAGGUGUUCAACCGACGCCACCACCGCCGCCUCCGCCGCAGCCGCCGACGAGCGGGGCUUUCCGGGUCGCCAUGGGCUUCAACGGCGCCAGUCCCGGGCACUGGCCCUCCGUCACGGCCGCCACGGCGCUCGUCGGCUCCAUGGUUAACUCGUCUUGUGAUCGCACCCCGCCGAACCUGAUCCAGCUCGCCAGCGGGUUCGGGAACUUCGGCCUGAACCCUCUGCUCGGCGGCAUGUCGUCUCCGCUGCUACCGCCGCCGGUCUUCGGUCUGCCUACGCUUAACUUCACGGCGGACCAGGUGUCGGCCGUUUGCGAAACGCUGGAAGAAAGCGGUGACAUCGAACGUCUCGGUCGGUUCCUCUGGUCCCUGCCUGUGGCGCACCCCAACAUCGCGGAGCUGAAUCGGUGCGAGGCGGUGCUGCGCGCUCGCGCCCUCGUCGCGUUCCACACCAACAAUUUCCGCGAACUCUACCACAUCCUGGAGAACAACAAGUUCUCCAAGGACUCGCACUCCAAGCUGCAGGUCAUGUGGCUCGAGGCGCAUUACCAGGAGGCCGAGCGGCUUCGCGGGCGUCCUCUCGGUCCCGUCGACAAGUACCGGGUGCGGAAAAAGUUCCCGUUGCCGCGCACCAUCUGGGACGGCGAGCAGAAGACGCACUGCUUCAAGGAGCGCACCCGGAGCUUGUUGCGCGAGUGGUACCUCCAGGACCCGUAUCCGAACCCCACCAAGAAAAAGGAACUUGCUCAAGCCACGGGCCUCACGCCGACCCAGGUCGGUAACUGGUUCAAGAACCGUCGCCAGAGGGACCGGGCCGCCGCCGCCAAGAACCGGUGA